GGUGGGGUUUUGCGGCGCACCAUAGGUGUAAAUUUAAGAAAAACAACCGUCGCGGUCCCCAGGUCCGGUAGGCGCUGUUUUGCGGCGUACACGCCCAAAUGCGAUCUGCAUUUCAACUGCGCCGGAUUUUAGGCAGAAACCGUGUAUACUCUAAAACCCCUCUUGAGUCCCAUAGGGACGGCAUCUGUGUAGAUACACAUUGCGCCAAUCUCUUGAACCCCGUAGGGGUGACAUCUAUAGACACACUACAGUGUGCCUCAUAAAUAAUUUUGAACAGGUUUAUGGAUAUUCAUUGUGAUGAAGUCAUCGUCUCUGGUAAACUUUGGAGAUAUACCCAAAGUAGGAGAUGAUUUUAUAGAACUGACUGAAAAAGCGUGGCAGUGCCUUGAGCCACC